AUAUCACAACCUAAGGUUUAAGAAGUUGCGCCUUCUUCAGAUCUUAGAUGGUAUUAACAUUUUCAUUCUCACCUGCAUCGGUUGUGGAACCUGACUGCUUACGAAAUGUAGUUAAGUUGGCAAGAGAAAACAAUUUACUUCUUUCGGAAGAAACUUGCUGGUGCCUGCUGGACUCAUGUCUGUCGAAAAUUCCGUUGAAGAAAACUUACCAACUUCUAGAUGAAUUAUACAGUACUGAAGAGCUAAGGUUUCCAGAAGGUAGCGAGUUUGCAGUUGAGUCCAUACGUGCCAGAUCUGUUAACAAAGGUGUUGUUUUCUAUUAUGUAAAAUGGGUUGGGUGGCCACCUGUGUUCAAUACAUGGGAACCAGAAUCUAAUCUUCAUGGAUGUGAGGAUUUAAUACAAAAAUUUAUUGAAUCUUAUGGUUCGACGAUUGGAAUGCUUCCGCCUGAUAAUCAACCUGAUAGAAAAUCACAGGUUCAGGAAGUAAUGGAUCGAUUGAAGGAAGCUGUCAAUACAUCUGGGUCGCUACCAUUAUAUCUACUUGAACGAUUUUCUAGUCUCCAACCUGAUCCUACUAAUAGCCUUCGACCAUACAAACACUUACCCACCAUAAACAUCGAAAAGCUUUUUUCAUCACAAAUAUCACAAGGCAUUAUAGAAUCUAUUUCACUCAAGCGACCUCCCAGUGUCGCUGAUCUCUUGCCAGUUUCUACCAAACGUAUUCGUCUUAGUCGGAAAGAUAAACAAGUGUUAGAUUCUGCUCUAAGUGCUUUUCAACAAAAACUCAACACUGUAUACUCAAAUGAAGCACCAAUCACUGUCGAAAAUUCUGUAGAUUCUGAAUGCCCACCAGUUGAAUUCCAGCCGAUUCCAGAUUAUUUACCUGGACAAGAUGUAUUCUUACCAACCAAAGCUCCUAUUGGAUGUGAAUGUACGAUGGACAAUUUGGAUCAGUCAGAGCUAGCCAAAAUUCGUAAAGCAGAUGGAAGCAGUUCACCAGUUAUAUAUCCUUGUUGGAUCAAUAAACGACGUAGUUGUUGUGCUGUUCGUGCUGGUGCAGUCCCACCCUAUGACAAACGGAAAAGGCUCGUUGCCCCUCCUGGUCAUCCUGUUUAUGAAUGUAACUCCUUAUGUCCAUGCGAUUCGUCUUGUCCAUUUCGUGUUGUUCAACUUGGACGGAAAGUUCCUUUGUGUGUCUUCCGUACACGUGACCGAGGAUGGGGCGUUAAAACGGUGGUCCCCAUUAGUAAAGGGACAUUUGUCGUUGAAUACUUAGGAGAGAUUCUUAAUUUUGAUGAAGCAGAAAAACGAGGAAUAAUAUACGAUAAACAGACUAUGACAUAUCUUUUCGAUUUGGAUUUCGAAGGUGAUGCUUAUUACACUGUAGAUGCUUCUCAGAUGGGAAAUAUAUCACAUUUUAUUAAUCAUUCGUGUGAUCCCAAUCUCACAGUUCGUUGUGUUUUUAUUGAGUGUCUCAAUACGAAGUUACCCCGUAUUGCGCUUUAUGCGUCUAGAUUUAUAAGGAAAGGUGAAGAACUUACAUUCGACUACAAUAUGACUGGUGCUGUGGCUGCGGACACUAGUGUAGUUAUAGAUGGUGCCGGAGAGGCAGAAACUCCUUCAGAAACCCAGUCAGGGUCAUCGAAUAAUGGUGGGAAGAGUCCGACCCCAUCUUCUUCCUCAGUUGACGUAACUCCUGACACAAGCAGUGAGGUGUCUUUCGAUAGCAAAUCUCUGGGAUCUAAAGUAAGAAAUUUUUAUUUGAUUAAUCUGGAAUGAUUUAUUAUUUAAAAAAAUAUUAUUUAUGUCAGUUUUUUUGACAGGUUUGUGUCAAUAAUUCACAUAUACAGAUCUCUUUCAACAAUUCACCAUUCAGCACAAUAUAAGCGUCAUUAUUACCAGUACUAUUGUUCAUACCGGUAUUAUUACUUUACGUUCCAAACACUACCUAUUGAAAGGGUGUUUUAAAACGAUCAGUAGUCUUUUUAUUAUGAAUGUUUUGGCUUAUGACCAGAAACCGGAUCAAAACGACUCUUCAGUACUUUAUAAAUCCCCGCUAAUUGCAUAUUUUUGGCUGCCUGUAGAAUGUUUUCGAAAAUUUCACUAUCAAUUAUAUGAAGAUAACUAUCUUUUAUUUCAAUAUAUCAAGUAGGUAAAUUGUUGUACAAAAUAUCUGACAUCGAAUUUGGAAAAUCUGGUUUUUGCAACUCAUAGUGAACACUUAAGUCUAACUCCGAGUUGUUGCCUGAUUUAUAUAAAAAGUAAACCUUUAUUGUCUUUGUUAAAAAAGACUCAGAGGCGCUUAUAAUUUGUAUGUCAGAUAGAAAAACACUGAACAACCGGGACAAAAAUAACAAACACAAUGUGUCUGUUAGGUUAUUGGAACUAAAAAGCUAUCUUUUGGUCCAGUGGAAGUUCAUAUGCGACUGGUUCAUGGAGUACUUCAUGUUAGAGAUUUCCAUGUUUGAAUUUUGAAUAUAUCCGUCUCCAUGAUGUAAAAUACGAAAUAUCGCAGCCGUAUCUCUUCUCAGUCCGCUGAUGUUCAGAGAUCUUCCAAAGCUUUCUGCUAUGAUGAGAUUUCUUUAUUCCUGACAAUAAAAAACGUUUGUCAUGAAUUAUUCAAAUAAAUUUGUUGUUGAAUAUUU